AUGAUUAGUUCGUAUAUUUUUGGUUUUAUCGUCGCAAUUGUUUCCUACUAUGUGUACACGAGUUAUGUGAAUACGUACUCCAGUAUAGUUACAAAACCCGAUAAAAGAUACGACUAUAUUAUAGUUGGCGCGGGAACAGCUGGGUGUGUAUUGGCCGCAAGGCUUAGCGAAGACCCAAAUGUCAAAGUUCUGUUAGUGGAAGCGGGAGACCACAUGGGAUUUUUUACCAAAAUCCCGCUGACUUCAACAGCCGCGCAGCAAGGGCCGAACGACUGGUCAGUCCGGACUACACCGCAGAAGUACUCCUCCUUUGGACUUUGGGAUCAGACACAGAUCAUUCCAAGAGGCAAAGGGCUCGGAGGUACCGGCCAAAUAAACUUUCUACUCCACGGUUUUGGUCUACCCGAAGACUAUGAUAGAUGGACGCAAAAAGGAUUUAAAGGAUGGUCCUUGCAAGACUUGAAGCCUUACUUCGUAAAAGCUUUUGGGACUAUUAUGAGUGAAUACGACUCGGCCUAUUGUCAUAAAGGAGCUCCGUGCUCUUCGGCACCAAUGCAGCUCAAAGGGAUAGACGACGACGACGAACUCAUGAAGACAUUCAAGCAAGCGUCAGGUACCCUCGGCGGCAAGCACACCGUGUUCCGAAGACCGACAGCCACUGUCACUAGUGGCAUGAGACAUUCCACCUUAGACGCUUACCUAAAGCCAGCGCUGAAUAGACAGAACCUGCAUGUGGUGCUUAAUACCCAGGCUGUUUCCAUACGCUUUGAUAACCUGACGGCAUCUUCUCUAUACAUCCUGCAAAAUCAACGAAGUCUGGACAACAUAUUUGUCGACAAGGAAAUCAUCCUGUCAGCUGGUGCGAUAAAAACACCACAAGUGUUGAUCCUGUCUGGAAUCGGACCGCGAGAUUUAAUAAGACGUUUGAGAAUAGGCUUGGUAGCAGAAAACGAACACGUCGGCACCAACCUCCACGACCACAUGAACAUGCCGAUCUACGUCAGCAUUAAGAAGCCAAUAAGCGUCACACUGGCGAAAGUCUUCACGGCUAGCACUCUUUGGGAGUACAUUUGGAGGAGAGAAGGGUACCUAGCGUUUCCUCCACUGGCCGGCGUGGAGUACCAUAACACGUCUGCUGUGAUGCUGUUCUCCAUGGGCUCCACCAGCGAGCGGCUGCUACGAGACUUGUCCAAUUAUAAACAUCAGGUGUACCGGGACACAUAUCCCUUCCACAACGAUACCCGUAAGGAAGGCUUCAUGUUUCUUGCGACGUGUGUUCAGCCGCGGAGCCGUGGAUCCGUCACUCUCAGAGACUCCAGCACCUCAAUACCGGCCGUUGUUGACACCAACUACCUGCAUCAGUACUACGACGUUGCCUGCAUGGUGAAAGCUAUGAGGCGAGCGGAACGUUUGGUGUCCACGAAAGUUUUCCAAGAGAUCGGGGCGAGGAUACACUGGCCGAGACCAGAGCGGUGUCUCUCUUUCUGGAAGUACUCUGUAGAAGAUCAGACUGGAGUGAAACCAAGGCGAAAGAGAUUCAAAUCAUUCAAACGCGACAAGAAACUCAAAGAAGCAGCAUCUGGGAAUAAAACAGCAAAGACCUUGAGUCCUCCAGAUGCUUAUUUGGAGUGCGUGGUGAGAGAAGUCGCUGUGACGGGACACCAUGUUGCGGGCACUUGCUCAGCAGGCACUGUGGUAGAUGAGGAACUGAGAGUUAAGAAAGUUUCCGGCUUGAGGAUAAUGGACGCGAGUGUACUUCCAACACCAAUCUCGCUGUACCCGAACUCUGUGCUAGUUGCGAUGGCUGAAAAGGCCGCCGAUCUUAUACGUAACACUCCGGACUCUUUAUAUCAACUAUUGUGA